UGUAGGCCACAGUUUUCUGAAAAGUUGGAAAGGUUUGUUUUGAGCUUCGAAGAUCGGGUUUCUGCAAAUUUUACGGCUGUUUGGCGGUGGUUGACGCCGGUGUAUGGAGUCAAAUACUCAGGCCUUCGCUUCCUUCUCACGUAUCAAUUGUAAAACGGCCCAUCCGUACGGUAUCGGGAAGGCACCAUGUCCGGUCUCGUUCGUGUGAUGGACUUGUCAGAACAGCAAGGUUUCAACGCAGAUAUUCGGCUACUACAUCCCGUCUAGGUCGUCUUCGUCUGCAUUUAUAUAGCCCGGGCGUCCCUCAUCGCUUCCUCUGUGACUGGGCCUAUACGUGUUUCCCGAAGGUCAGAUCAAGAUGCCGGGGGCCGGCCUCGUCCAUCUACGUAGCAGCUGGUACUGUGUGACGGAGACACCUUGGCUUUUAGGGAGAGCCGAAUCUACACUCGGGGCAAGUGACGGUGUGGGACACGUAGUAGGAAUGCAUUUGCUUCAAAACGGGGUGUCCCGCGGAGACUCCUAGGCCCACGGCGCGCCGCCAAGGCGCGCUGUGUCCCGACUCCAACAUCCAGUGUAGCGGCGCUGGCAGGCUUCUGGGAGGAGGAGCGGUGGCAUCGGCGGGCCAGGAAAGGCAGGAGGAGUGCUUGCCUGUCACACGCAUCGGAACGACGUCGCUUGUGUUGGCCCCCCCGUUAGCGGUGACCCGUCGCAACGGAUUCGAGUAUUACUUAGCCCCAGCUGGGGAGCAGUUGACUGCGCAGACAGGGAGGACGUGCUCCUACGACCCGCGAGAGCGCAGUCGACGGCGUGCUACCUCUGUAUAGUUUUCGUUUCUCCCGCUAAGUUAUUAUCUCGGCGAGUGUCUUGGACUGUCUGCGUCCCCCGGACUCUGUGGUAUUAUUCGUGCGCGUAUAACGGUUGGGUAGAGACGCAGUGAUAUGGCUCUGUACGACGACGUGCGAUUUGUGCUAUCACACGUGCGCCACUCGUUCGUGACGUGCGACGACACCGGACUGUGCGAGCUGGCCUUGCUGAGCGACGCCGACAUCCGCGCCGCCUGGUCUCAGCCGGCGACCUCGCAGGUGACCACCGACCUGGCGGCCGAAGCCGAGCAACUGCAGCUGCAGCAGCAACAAGAGAUGAGCCAGUCCUACGACAUCGUCUCCGAGAUGGAGUUCAUCGGAGCUCACCGCAGGCGCUCCAACACGGCCCAGCGGCUGGAACGGCUGAAGAAGGAGCGUCGGCUACAAGGAAAGCUGCGUCACGUUGUGUGGAAGGACCAGCCUGCCAAAGAACUCACCGCCUCAGAAGUGGACGCCUACUUCCCCCGCAAGGACACUGGCGGGACCGUCCGCCGUUCCGGCAAGUGGUCUUCCCCCGUGGACGGCGAAGCUCCGCAGAGAAGUUCGGCGCUGGCACGACAGCUGGAGCAGUUUCCCGUGGCGCCCAACAACCCGUUCAAUGAGUACACGCGCUUUGAUGGCAAGGUGAGCGAGCCAGCACACCGUCGGAUCAACAUCUACAUGAGCAUGCUGCCUCCGGAGGAGCGGGGCUUCCCCAUUGCGGUGUCGGCAUUGCCUGGUGCCCGAAUCCAGGACCUCAUAGGCCUCGUCUGUUGGCACUACACCAACGAGGGGCGUUCACCAAAACUCAGGCCAAGUGUGUCUCAGUACUGCUUGAGAAUUGCAGAAGAAAGUGGUGAAAUCGAUGAGGACUUCCCGCCGCUGGACCCUCGGGAACCUGUGACAAAGUUUGAGUUCCCGUACCUGGCCUUGGCCGAGGUGGAGAGAGAAGAUUUUCCCGCAGGACCUCUGCUCACCUUCCACACCAAGGAUGGUUUCACGAAAGUUCAGAUCCCCAGUCUGGAUGCCACCUUGCGGGAUGUCCUCGACCAAAUGCUCAAGAAGCGCAAGGGCUUGCUACGCUCCUUGGGGCCCGAGUUUCAUGUUGAAGACUACCGGGAAGUGGGCAUCCCUAUAGACUUGGACACCACCAUCCGGACGAGUGGCACCCUUGAGUUCACCCUAGUGUCAGAGGACGCGGUGUUAUCAGCAACCCAACCAGAUGAUUAUGCUGACCGGGACAUGACCGCGAUGGAAGCUCACCUGUACCAAGCAUUCAACGUGGCCCUUGUGCCUCGCAUCGGACGUAACACUGAAGUCCAAUUAGGUAUAUCUGGCGAGAAGGUGGAGAUAACACCUCUGCAUCAGAAAGCCAAGAACCGACUAUGGAGUUGGCAGCCAAAGGCAGUUACGCACAACAUGAACGAGAUUGCUGCAUGCGAGUUUGUCCACCGAAAACACAGCAUGGGCUCUCCAGAGAAGUGUGUGGUGAAAGUGGUGUACUUAUCUGGUGGAGAGUUCAAGAACCAUGUGUUUGAGACAGACCCCGGCACAGCAUCUGUGAUCCGGAACAAGCUGGGCUACAUCCUCGUCAUGCGCACCAGUCCAGCACGUACUCAGUACCUGGCACUAAAGGAGCGAAAGUUGCUCCGCAAGCAAGCCUCCUUCCUGCUGCCUAGCUAAGGCCUUGUUCCUCGAACUACUUCUUCGAGCGCCAUCCUCCGCCCCGCACCUUGUGCUACAACACGCGACAGCAAAUGAGGCAUGCAGACGGAGCACGUGUGUUGUGCUCCGAAUUGUGCUCAGAUUAUUUGUUGUGUUGUCAGUCGUCUCGCAUGCCUCGUGCUUUGCAGUGCAUCACUCUAGUGGAAGUGAGGUUCCUCCCUCCUUUUUGUCUCUCUCUCUCUCUCUCACACACACAGCAUGUCCCACCCCUCUGCUUUCUCCUCUAACCAAAUUCUCACAUUUUCCGCAAGGCUGAAUUACAAAGAAAGCCUGCAGUUCAACUAGGUAGUGCUGUGAACUUGGUCAUGCCUUUCCACUUUCAUUUGCCGCGACAGUAGUCUUCAUUUACAACCACCGCCUCCUUUCUGGGUGCAGCUCGUAGACACGUGCUCUGAAGCCCAUCAUUUUCUUCUGCAUUUUACGGCCUUGAGCAAGGUACUUUGGCACCUACACCACCGGUGAUCUUUUUUUUGUGAGCGAUGGACAUGUCUUAACUGUGAGAAUGCGAGUCACAUUAGGUGAAUGACCUCGUUCGUUAUUUCUGCAUGUUGGUCACUGUGCAUUGUUGCUUGUUUUUUGGCUCUCACAGUGGUUGGUCCUGAGACUUUGACAGGCUUGGGGGUUCCUUUGGCACACUUGCCGCCCUGUCUUCCAUCCCAUCCUCCCUUCAUCUCAUCCCGAGUCUGUGUUAUGUUCGUGCCUAGUGGUGCUUCGUGCUGGACUCAUGUCUUGUCCUUGUUAGUUUGUGCAGAUAGCAGUGUACAGCUUUAAAGGGGCCCUCUGGCACUUUCCAAGCCCCUGUUUUUUUUUUUUUUUUUUUUUUUGCGGGUUGCGUAGACUGAUAGUUGAUGCCUCUAGCAUAGUUCGUAGACUUAAUAUGAAAAUAGUUUAUCUUUUAAUAACGCAGAGAGAUCAUCACAUUGCUGCCAAAUGCAUCAGUGCAUAGUGGGGCUUGCCAGAAGCAUUUCUUAUGGAAAGGGUGUCAUCAGGAGCUUGCUCAUAAUCGGUGAAGAACAAAGUUGUAGAUAACUAGUACUUCACUGCUACAAAAUCUUUCUUGCAGUUUUGUUUUGGUUUUGUUUGCUGUACUUUUUUUUAUAUUAAUGCAUAUAGAUAUGGCCUAAAAAAAGUAAGCACUACAACUACAAAGAGUCGGUAGCCACUGGCUGCUCUCUCGCCUGUAGCCUCUGAGCAUAGGGAAGUAAAUCUUAGAGAAGCAUAGACAAGUGAGAAGUGAAUACGAGCAGUGAAUAUGUGUGAAAGGCACUUUUCUCACUUGUGUGCCCUCGUGAGCUGCCUUGUUUUGUACUUCUGCACACUAGUGAGUGUUGUUCAAGCGGUGAAUGUUUCUCACCUUGGCACAUUGUUGUUGCCUCACCCUUGUCUGUGGGGGUGCAGCUUCACGUUAUUUGUUGUUACUGCGGUAAUGGCGUGAUCAUUACAGCGGGUAGAACAGGCAACCAUGGAGCGCAAACUUCCACUACAUAGGUGCUUCUAGCUCUUGCCGAUAUCAGCACCAGGUUACGUCACUGAGUGAGAGAAAUCGGUGCGUAUGACCCCGUGAAACUUAGGUUGAGGGCAGGCUUUUCUUUUUUUUUUUUUUUUGUAGUUUGAAUUUACUCCAUAUAUUUGUUUGGUAGAAUAGCUUCGUACUGCACGCUCUGUUGCUGCCAUUUUUCCUGCAUUUAUCUCUCCAUGUAUCAGUCUAUACAACCCACAAAUAAAAAAUGGCAGUUUGAGAAGCAUAAGAGGGCCCCUUAGCUCUUUCAGCUUGUAUAUAAGUGUAUAACUCGAAAGUUGGGCAGUUAGUGACAUCUUUCCCGGUACAAUGAGCACCCCUUUUCACAUCGGAUGCUCUUCAUUAUCUCUAAGCCAUGUGACACUGGGAUAGAAUAAUGCACCAUCAAGUUUUGAAACUUGAACCGUGACUUAAAGGCCACAAUGUGAGACAAGUGAACUGUGAAUUGAACAGCCAGAAUUGGGGAGCCAUAUGUACAUAUUUGCUGUUUAUCAUACAGAGUGGUGUAGUUUGGGGAAAAGAAAAUGUGUGCAAAAUGGGCAGGAAGAGCACCGGACCUUGCUUGGUUUCACAGACCCACGAGUAAUGUUGCAGAAGCCAAGAAAACUUGGAAACCUGCAUCAGCUACACAAAGUGAGUUACACACCAAGCAAAAGUGUUAUGGGCGUAUCUGUUAAUUUUAUAACCUCCUCACUUGCGUACCAUAUGGCACUGGUGUUACGUACGACAGCAUUUCCUGCCCCACUCAGAUUUCUCUGCAGUUCAUGCAGUCCUCCUUUUUUUUUUUUUUUUUUGUAUGAAGUAGUAUGAAGAAGCAUCUGCUCAUUUCAUGCACACUGCCUUCUGCAAAGAGUGUGGGGAUGUUUAUGGUUAUCUGUUACUCAAAUGACUUGGAGAAUGAGUUUUCGGUAAAUGCAACUAAGUACUUGCUGCGUGUCAUGUGAUCCACAAUAUGUCAGAGAAAGGAGGAGAAUUUCACAGACAAGUGCCGAAAACAUAAUUCUAACGAACAUAAUCCUAACGGAUGCUUCCUGCAUGACACUCACGUAGGCCUCAUCUUUCUUUGCCGAUUUCUUUCUUUCUUUCAUUGAGAGAGUGCUCCCACCACCAAGCUUGGUAACUGUUCCGCCCCCAUCUUUGCAAUCUUAGUUUCUUCGGCCACUACGUUUUGCUGAAGCAGUGAAGUGCAAAAGGAAGUGAUAGCAGCCCAUGUGGUAUCUGCUAUGCAGAUCACACCCUGUUCCUACCUCUAGUUUUGUAGUGUUUGUAGGUGCAGCAAGAAAUCUGCUGCGUGACCUGUGUGGAGCGCUCAAAAUGUUUCAGAGUGCUCGCACUAUUUUUUACUUCUCACGAGUUGUUGCAGCGACCCUGAAGCCUAUAUGUGCCGGUGAUUUCACAAGAAUGCGCAUUUCACCCAGAGACACACGAAAUUAUACACUAUGUAUCAACUGACAGGUUUUGCACAUUCUGCCUUGUAGGCCCUCUUCUGUGUCAUCUGCGUAAUUUGUAAGCAUCACCGUUUUUUUCUACUGCAUAGUCACCUCAGAUUGAUGUGAUUUUGCUAACUGAACUCUGACUGACAGCAUGGGUUCAUACGCAAUCAGUGUUUACAUUCACAGUAUGUUACAUGCUUAUUCUGGCUCUGUGUAGAAACUAAACUCUCCUCUUGUAUAGCGUGAUCAAAAAGCAGUGUGUAUUGUAUGCCGCUUGGAAUUUACAUCUGCUGCUCAUUGUACAGCCUUCAUUCUGUGUGGCUUAAGGUAAUCCUUAAAAAAAAAAAAUGAAGAAGAAGAAGAAAGAAAGAAAAUGUGAUGUUGCCCCAAUGCAGCAUUUCAAGUAGUCCUCUUGAGGGUGUCUACUAGAUGCGAUCAUAGUGCAUUCUUGAAAGUGCAACAAAGUAUGGAGAUCACACAUUGCAAGGAAAAGGAAACAAAGCGAGUGAGUGCACUUGUGGUGCUUGGCUUGCCCCGACACCCGAAUGGUUUUACCAUGGCAUAAGUAUCCAAUGUCGCAAGGAAGGCAGCAAUCGCAUUCGAGAGCUUGUGUUAUUUGAGUAUUUCCGUGGCAGUUCUCGGUGAAUAUGAUAAUGUGGGAAUUUUGACUGACUGUAUUAGCAUUACAUUCAUGCUAGUAAGGUUUUGUAGUCCUGCACCAAUGCAAGACUGGCAAGCUCAAAAGCAGCUCUAUGUUUCCAUCCUGUAUAUUCUGGCAGCAGGACUCGUAGUACCACUACUUGUAAUACCACAGCGCACGUGGCUGUGCCGUUCUCUGCAGGAGUGCAUAAACUGUCUUUGCGAGAGCAGCAGAGAUAAGGGGAGCUCCAGAAGCCGACCGAUUUGCACCGAACUUGCGUAUUUUACGUGGGAUGUUGGCUGUUCGAAAAAAAAAACCUUUGCUCAAAUGGCUAUGGACACGCAUUCCAUCAUUUAUGCGUGUGAAACAUGAAAGGUGUUCCACGAAGCUUUCAACAGCCUCUGGCUGUGAAGGUCUGCCAUAAUGCUACACAGGUGAUGUUCUGAUUGCUAGCCUCGUUUUUAGUUUGUGAUGACUGUAGCAACCUUGCUGCAGUGAAGGAAUCAUAUUUGAUUUUCCUCCUUCGUGGAGACUGACUAUAUGUUGGUUUGUCAUGCAUGUUCUUUCUGUUUUUUGUUUUCUGUUUCAUGAAUCUGUUUUGUUUGUGUAACUUUGUUAGCAGAAGUUACUAUUGUAACACUGUCCAAAGAACAAGAAUUGUAAGUAAAAUUUUACAAGUAGAAAAAUGCUUUGAUACUGCC